AUGCCGCGGACUGGAGCUCACUCGAGCGAAUGGCCAAGUUCUUCGAAGUUGAAUAUGAGGGAAAAACAAAAUUGUUUGUGGCGAAACGUGUUGCUCUACGGCUCGAUGAUGAAAUUGAAAAACUGAAGGAAGCCGAAGUCGUGCCGUACCUCAAGGACGUAAAAGAAAUGCUGACAGAGAAACCCCAUGGCAUCAAGAACGAUGAAGAAGAUGGUAAGCCAGUUCUAAGUGAUUCAAAACCUCCUCCCGUAGCGAAGGAAGAUCCUGUUCAAAAACUACUAGCGACUAGCGCUUUACGUAGACAGUUUAAGAUCAGUGGUCAAAUCGGGGAACCCGAGCAGAAAGACAAAAUUAGUUUUUCUUCCCUUAUGCGUCAAAUUCAAAUGGGGUUGGCCCAAGGUUAUGGCGAGAGUGAAAUUGUUGAUGGUGUUAUUCGCUCAAUUACACCUGGCAUGGUACUUAGGAGUUACCUCGAAACUUACGAAGAUUUGACAUUGGAUCGGUUAAAGAAAAUUCUCCGUAGCCACUAUGGUGCAAAGAAUACAUCAGAACUCUAUCAAACACUGGCAUCCCUAUGUCAGAGCCCAAAGGAGUCACCCCAGGCAUUUUUGAUGAAUGCUCUUGAUCUGAGGCAACAAAUCCUGUUUGCAUGUGGUGAAGAAGAAGGUGAAAUAUCCCUACAGUAUGACUCCGGACACAUACAACGUCUGUUUCUUCGGUCAGUAGAAACUGGUUUACAGGAUGAAAGUAUUCGUGCUAAGAUUCGCCCAUUCCUGAAGGACUCAAAUGUGACAGAUGAAGUGUUGAUGCAACAGAUGAGCAUGGCUACGUCAGCAGAAAAGGAAAGGGACAAGAAGCUUAAGAAUAAUACCAAGACCAAACAACCACCAUUAUCAGUGUCUGCGGUAUCUGAUGGCCCACCUAAAGAAAAAGGAAGGAGGCAAGAAGAACAGCCCUCAGAAUGA